UUAGCUAACAAAAUUAGGUUACUGAAGUACUCCAGCGGUCAAUAAAAGAAAACAUUCCGCACAAAGUUUACAAAGUUUUACAUCAGUUUGAAACAGAACGCCAGAACGCAGUUUUAAAGUUAAAGAAUUGUGAAAUAAUUUGUGAAUUUUGUAGAAUAAAACGAAAAUGGGUUGAACGACGUAUUUUCAGCUAAGAACAUUUCAAGAUGUUUACCCUAAGACGUGAGAACAACAAUGUUGUGACACUUGCGAUUGCUUGAGAGAUCAAUAAGGCUUUAGCAGAGUUUAGUUAACUGACAGUCACUCAGGGGAAGUUCUUGUGUUAGAGAAUUUCAUAAACUGUCACUUUCUCAAUUUUAUUUCAGAAAAUUAAGUUUAUAAUUUAAUUCCAGAACUUCUAAAAGCGAGAAGAAAUAUUGGAAAUAUUCCUGGAAAUUUCCAUUGGAUUGCUUACCUGUUGCAUUCAUAGAAUCAUUUACAGAAAAGAUGUUAACAAAGUGUUAAGAAGGAUAUAAACUUUGUUAACUUGGAAGUUGUAAACAUUUAUUAUCAAUUAUAUAAGUUGCGAAAUAAUUGCCAUGGCUUUAGAUAUGACCAUUAGGUCAAUAUUUUUUAGUGAAGAGGAUUUUGUUUUAAAACACACCUGUCAUGGCUGAUGAGGAAUUAGGUCCAUUAAUGGAGGAGCACAUAGGAGUUCGUAACACUACACUUGAUUUUUUAAGGUCUUUUUCUGUUCUCAGUGAUGAUUCAGAUUUUGACGAACUAGAUGAACCAGAUACUCCGGGAGACUUCUUUGAUGCAACUGAUGGAGACAUAUCAAGCCUUGUGGAACAUUCAACUGUCAGACACACUAUCACAUCUGGCAUCUGUGUGGAGUCAGGGAAACACCCUGAUCAUUUGGAGGGGAAAAUUAUACCCUUUUCCAGUAUCCACAAACCAGCAAAGGCUUUUGCUCAUAUUCGUCCAGACUGCUGGAUGAAAGACAUUCCUAUAAAUGCUAGAAUCUCGCAUGUUCAACGAGAACACCAUCCACACAUGACUAGAAAAGCUUUCAACCCAAACUUGUACACAAUAGAAGUUACACAUGGUGAAUACAAGUGGACGGUUAGACGUAGAUAUAAGCACUUUGACAGUUUACACAAAGCACUGCGACUGUUUCGAGCAAGAUACACACUUCCUAUGCCAACCAGACAGCACAGGGAACGGAGACAGAGCAUCAGAGAAGAGAGGAAGGAGCGAAAGAUGAAGAAAAGGCAGAAAAAGUCGAUCUCAAGAUUUCCAAAAAAGCCAGAGAUAAUGGUUAGAGAAGAGUCAAUAGAAAAAAGAAGGCAACAUUUAGAACAGUAUCUACAAAGUAUUCUCGAGUCGAAAUGGUACAGGAACCACACUGAAGUGCUGAAGUUCCUAGAUGUGAGUGAGUUAUCAUUUGUGAACAGACUGGGUCAGAAGUGGAAGGAAGGUGAUGUGAACAAAUGUUCUGGUGGUCGCAGGAUCUCUAUAGGCUGUUGUGGCUGUCUGAAGAAAUACCAUGUUGCUGGACGCUGGAGUAAAAGAUGGUUGGUUGUGAAAGACACAUUUAUUGCCUAUUUGCGGCCCUCUGAUGGAGUGCUUUGUGAUGUUAUGCUUAUGGAUUCAGACUUCAGAGUGGAGUCGGGGAUGUCUGCAACAGGCGCUCCUCAUGGCCUGUUGGUUAUGAACCAGUCUAGACAUUUGUUAGCUAAAAGUUGGACAAGUCGAAAGGCAGAUGAAUGGGAAGCAAGUAUCAAAGAAGCUGCAGAAACUACCGGCAAGGACUUCACUCAAGAAAACAGAUAUGAUUCCUACGCUCCUGCCAGAGAAAACUCCUACGCAAGAUGGUUUGUGGAUGGAGCCUCAUACUUUGAAGCUGUAGCAGAGGCCCUAGAGAAGGCCAAAGAGGAAAUUUUCAUCACAGAUUGGUGGUUAAGUCCAGAAAUCUAUCUGAAGCGCUAUGUAACAGACAGAGAGAAAUGGAGACUGGAUGAAAUACUAGGCAGAAAGGCUAACGAAGGUGUGAAGGUGUUUGUGAUACUCUACAAGGAACUGGAAAUGGCUUUAACCAUCAACAGUCACUACAGUAAACAUGCUCUCAUGAACAAAUCACCCAAUAUCAAAGUAAUACGACAUCCAGACCAUGUUGCUGGUAGUAACCGUGUGUUGCUAUGGGCGCAUCAUGAGAAGGUUGUAUGUAUAGACCAGAAAACAGCAUUUCUUGGUGGAUUUGAUCUCUGUUAUGGGAGAUGGGAUGAUGAUCUCCAUAGAAUGACAGAUUUGGGAUCUGUGGUGUAUGACUCUGACAAAUCUGCUGAUAACACAUUGCCGUUUCCCACUCAUAAUGGAUCAGUCCAAAGUAACAGACCUAGUAAUAGAAGGAAUAAGUCUAGGCAUCGACCCCCUAGUCCAAUAAUGGAGUCUCCUGAAAACAAUAUGGCUGACAGUGGAAUUGAUGAAAGUGCCAGCAACCACAGAUUAGAAAGUAAUGUGGCUGGUUCUCAGCCUGUAGAUGAAAGUGCUGGUGAUACACAUAUGAAAAAAUCUGAUAAAUCUGUGAUAGAUAAUGAAAAUUCUCGCAAUUCAUUAACUUCUGAGCAUGAUUUUGGAUCUAACGAUGUUUUAGCUGACAAUGAUAGUCUUGAAAGUGAUAAUAAAGUUGGACUUACAAAUGUGGUAGCUGAUGUUACUGUUCAUGCAGGUGAUCAAGACACAAAAUCAUCAGAUAAUGAAGCCGCUCAAAAAUUACGCUUCAGUGAUCUUGCAUUACAAAUGUAUAACAAAGUUCAUCAACAAAAGGUUGCUAAUGCAAAUGGUGAUCUGAAAUCAGCUGAUGGCACUGAAAAUACACAAACAUCGGAAAGUAAAAAUGUGGAAACAAACAAGGAAGGUGAAGAAGAUUCUCAUCCAGUUGAUGUGGAAAAUAUUGAUUUUAUUGACAGUUCUGUAUCAAGGAAUUUAGAUUCUCAAAAUAAACCUGAUUACGUAGUAGUGGACAGUUCUGGCUCUCUUGCUCAAGCUAGUGGUGACAUUGCUGAUGACAGUGUUUGCUCAAAUGGUAAAAAUGUAUCUGAAGAACAUGUACAUUCAAGUGUCUUAAAGGUAGCAAAUAAUGGUGCUAAACAAACAGAUCUGAACAGAAAUCAGACAAAAGGCUCAGUGAGAUUUAAGGAUGAGGGAGGGGGUGAUAUUCAAGAAGAAAUGAUUGUUCCAGUACGUACACAGCCUGUAGAAGGAUCACCACCAGGAAAGAAGGAUGCAGCAAUGAAGCGGGAAACAUGGGCUUCACGAAAAUUGAAGAAAACUUUUCGUUUGAAGGAUAAAGAGAAAUAUGAAGUUGAAGAUCAUCCAGAUGGGAAAGUAGACAGAAGUGACAGUGAUGAGGAGGGUUCAUCACAUGGUGGAAAGUUCCGUAGCAGAUGGAAGAUGGUGCUCAACAUAAAGAAGCUUGAACACGGUGGUAAGACGUCAGAGGAUGAGGAGACUGUACCACCAGAGAGUCCAUUCAGUAAGAACAUGACUGCCACUCCACACCAGUCCUUGUCUAAUAGACUUCUUAAUCCAUUUCGGAACCAGCGUCAGGAUAGUGAUGAUGAUGACAAUCUCUACUAUAGUCUGUAUCCAUGGAAACGCUUGUUCCGGCGUAACGAUGAAAACUCUUCAGUUCAGGUGAAGUCUGUGAUGAAGACGUCAGUAGCAGACGACUAUGAGGGGCUUGAAGGUUCAUCAAAACUUUGGAUUGGGAAAGAUUAUAUCAACUUUAUACAUAAAGAUCCUGUUGAUGUACAUAAUCCAUUCGAAGACUUUAUAGAACGAGACAAAACUCCCAGAAUGCCAUGGCAUGAUAUUGGAGCAGUGGUGUAUGGGAAGGCUGCUAGAGAUGUUUCAAGGCAUUUUAUACAGAGGUGGAACUUCUGCAAAACUGAAAAGUUCAAGACAAAGAAAGAAUUUCCUAUUCUUAUGCCAAAGUCUUACACUAAAUGUGAAGUAUCACCAGCUAUAAAGGAUAUCACAUAUGGAGUAACCACACAGAUUUUGCGAAGUAUCUGUGGUUGGUCUGGAGGUAUCAAAAAGACUGAGAAAUCUAUACAUUCAGCAUAUAUAGACUGUAUAAAGAGAUCAAAACAUUACAUCUACAUUGAGAACCAGUUUUUCAUCAGUCAAGCAGGAGAUCAUUCUUAUGUAAGGAAUGAAAUAGCCGAUGCUUUGGUGGAAAGGAUAGAGAGAGCUUACAAGGAAAAUGAAGCAUUUCGAGUAUAUGUGGUGCUGCCAUUGUUACCUGCGUUUGAGGGGGAGAUUGGAGCUAAUGGUGGAUAUGCUAUACAGGCAGUUCUUCACUGGAACUAUAAAUCUAUAUCAAAGGGAGAAAACUCUGUGUGGGCACAGCUUCUCAAGAAAGUGGAUGACCCAAAGAAGUAUAUAUUGUUUUGUGGCCUGAGAUCUCAUUGUGAACUUAAAGGGAAAUUGGUGACAGAGCUAGUGUAUGUUCACAGUAAAUUAAUGAUAGUUGAUGAUGAUACAGUAAUAAUAGGCUCAGCAAACAUCAACGACCGCAGUAUGAAUGGUACGAGAGACAGUGAAAUUGCUGUCAUGGUUGAAGACUCACAAAAAUUUCCUGUUCUAAUGUCUGGAAAAGAACACAUGGCAGGGAGAUUCGCUUCCUCUCUGCGGAGAACUUUAUUCCGAGAACAUCUGGGAAUCAAAGAAAUGGAUUUUAAGAUAGACCUUAGUGACCCAACUUGCAAUGAAUUUUAUAAGAAUGUGUGGUUACAUCGAGCCUCUGUUAAUACAACUAUAUACCACAAGGUGUUCAGAUGUAUUCCUGAUGAUCGAAUAAAGACAUUCCAGAUGGUUACAGAGAUAACACAGUCGCAGCCUCUGGCUGAAACCGACCCCGAGGCUGCUCAGACGGAGCUGAAGAAGAUUCAGGGACGUAUUGUGUUCAUGCCGCUAUACUUCCUGGAGUAUGAGGAAACUAUUAUGGCUGGCGGAGCCAACAAAGAGGCAGUUAUGCCUAUGAAACUUUGGCUGUAAAAUCUAGUAACCUCCAUUACAGAAGAGGUAGUUAAUCUACUGACCUUCAUUAUGGGAGAGAUGUAUAAUUUACUGAUCUUCGUUAUUGGAGAGAUAGAUAAUCUACUGACCUUCUAUCUCGGAAGAGGUAGAUAAUGCUCAACUUGUAAUUGUGAUUGAUGAGGGAACACUGAUCAUAUAGUGUUCUCAUGAAAUAUUUAUUUUAAUACAAGUUUAGAAGUUCCAACUUUUAUAGGAACUUUGUUUUUAUGGUAAUAUGUUAAUCUAGAGAUUGUUUUCUUUUAAACAGAAAAAGUACUAUCAAAUGUUCAUGUAUGUAUCCUCUAUUCUAAUCAGCCUGAUUGUGUUCCUGAAAUAUUACAGUUUUUCCAUAAUAUUUUACAUAUCAACUACUGUUCAUAUUAAGUAAUGCAAAACUAAAGAUUAAAGCAAUGGUAAUUAAAAUUCAUUGAAGAUAUUUUACUUUCCAAAAUGAGUGUAGAGCUGCAAAGAAUUUACUUUUAUUUAUCUUUUUUUAAGCAGCACAUACAUUGUACUCUUUUAAACAGGUCUGUUAGUAAAUACAUCUUUUAACAUAAUUUGAUUUACAAGUGAAGAAAAGUGAACAAUUGGCUUUAAAGACGGCCCAAAGUAGGCAUGCCGAGUGUGCCAUUAUAGGAUUUAAACCUACAAAUACAGAAUCAGAGUUUUGAUUUUUCUGGCAAAUUAAAACA